UGGAUUUCGCCAACCUGAGGAUCUGUCUCGGUUGUUAUCGCGCUAGCAUUUACCACCGUAUUAUCUUCCCACCGGGAUAUAAACAAACAACGGGGACUAUCGCUUUCCGUGAAAGCAUUUUCGGGAUGCUAGGAUCGCCUUGGAGGCCAAGCCUUCGGUCCAGAGCGGUGUUAGUGCGAGCCUGACGCCCUCCAGCGGGCUGCUCUCAUCCAUGUUGUCUGCGGCAGCGCCGCUGCCCCCAGCCCCGCUGCUCGCCGCUCCGCAGCCUCUUUGUUCGCCUGGUGUCGGCUCACACAGCACCACCAGCCGGGGGAAACACCACUGCAUGCUCCACUUUCCAUCCCUGCUUCAGUGCCAGGGACUUUUAACGCGUUAAAAUGGCUGCUGGAGUCACAUUUGGGAGAGAAAGGUGUUGAAUCGAUGCAGCAACGAUCCUCCAAACUGGCUAACGCAUUAUUUAUUAGCUAAGUGGGAAUUUUUUAAAGACAAGCUUGGGUUUGUUGGCUCGGCAAAUCCUUUUAAUGUUCAAAUCUAUGCAUGUAGUUGACCAAGCAGCUUUUUAACCCCCGUUAGCUAACAUUGCAGGGUUUUUUUUGUCGCUUUCUGCAACCCUUUUUUUAUUAAUAGACUCAGCUAAGCUUCAAUUUGAUUAUGCCUCUACGAAUAUGCAGGACUUUUUUGUUAUGACAGAAACCUCCUGAAAAAGAGGAAGCUUUCUCCCCAAAGUAGACGUGGAGGCCCCGGUGUUCUGGGUCUGGAGAUAAAAGCUCAGUAAUCAUGGAUGCUGGGGGGAGAUGUGCGGCCAAACUCUUUCUUUUGGGACCCAGACUGCCCCCACACAGCAACAAAUACCUGCUAGUGUAUGUGCUGUUUUACUGCGUCCUGGCCGCGCACGCCUCCCCGGCCAAGCCGUGCGACAAGAACUGUGUGUCGGGGAAGUGUGUGAACGGGAGCUGCGUGUGUGACCGAGGAUGGGUGGGAGAUCUGUGCCAGCACUGCCACGGACGGUUCAGGCUGACAGAACCCUCAGGAUACCUCACAGACGGUCCCAUCAACUACAAGUAUAAAACAAAGUGCACAUGGCUCAUUGAGGGCUACCCGAAUGCAGUUCUCCGGUUAAGAUUCAACCACUUUGCAACAGAAUGCAGUUGGGACCACAUGUAUGUCUACGAUGGAGACUCUGUUUAUGCCCCUCUGGUUGCUGUUUUCAGCGGCCUCAUCGUGCCAGAGAUUCGAGGUAAUGAGACGGUUCCUGAAGUGGAGACGACUUCAGGUUAUGCAUUACUACACUUUUUCAGUGAUGCCGCCUACAACCUCACAGGAUUUGAGAUAUUCUACUCGAUUAACUCUUGUCCGAAUAACUGCUCCGGCCAUGGGAAGUGCACUCCAGGGAACUCAGUCGCCAGCAGAGUCUACUGCGAAUGCGACAAAUACUGGAAAGGCGAGGCCUGCGACAUCCCCUACUGCAGGAAUAACUGUGGCAGCCCCGAUCACGGUUACUGCGACCUCACCGGGGAGAAGCUGUGUGUCUGCAAUGACAGCUGGCAAGGGCCUGAUUGCUCAUUAACGGUUCCUUCGACUGAAUCCUUCUGGGUCCUCCCUAGCGUCAAGCCCUUUGGCACCGCGCUUGCCAGAGCUUCCCAUAAGGCUGUGGUACAGGAAAAAGUCAUGUGGGUUGUGGGUGGAUACACCUUCAACUAUACUUCAUUCCAGAUGAUUCUUAACUACAACCUGGACAGCGGGGUUUGGACCACGGUUCCCAUCAGUAGUGGCCCUCUGCCACGAUACGGCCACUCGCUUACCACGUGUCAGGAUGAUAUCUAUAUGUUUGGUGGCAAACUGGAGGCGGGCUGGGGUAACGUGACGGAUGAGCUGUGGGUGUUCAACACACCCAGCCGGACGUGGCAGCGGAGGAACCCCGUCGUCGGCUCGCUGGCCCAGGCUCAGAUCUACGCUGUGGAGGGACACACGGCCCACUGCGUCCUGCUGGACACCGGAGAGACAAUCAUGCUGGUCAUCUUUGGCUACUCGCCCAUCUACAGCUACAUCAGCAACGUUCAGGAGUACAACCUGGAGUCCAACACGUGGGUGGUGCCGGAAACUAAAGGUGCCAUUCCCCAGGGAGGUUACGGCCACAGCAGUACAUAUGACGGGGCCAGUGGCAGCGUCUUCGUUCACGGUGGCUACAAAGCCCUGCCAGCCAACAAAUACGGCCUUGUGGACGACCUCUACCGAUAUGACAUUAACACCCGGACAUGGUUCAUUCUGAGAGAAAGCGGCUUUCCGCGGUACUUGCAUUCAGCUGUGCUCCUCAGCGGGGUUCUGCUCGUCUUCGGUGGAAACACACACAAUGACACGUCACUCAGCAACGGGGCCAAGUGUUUCUCCGCUGAUUUCCUCGCCUACGACAUCGCCUGUGAUGAGUGGAAGCUCCUGCCAAAGCCAGACCUGCACAGGGACGUCAACCGCUUCGGUCACUCUGCUGUGGUCAGCAACGGGUCCAUGUAUGUGUUUGGGGGCUUCUCAAGUGUGUUGCUCAACGACGUGCUUGUUUACAGGCCUCCCAGCUGCCAGGCCUUCCUGGCAGAGGAGGCGUGCUCCAAGGCCGGGCCGGGGGUGCGCUGCAUCUGGAGCAGCGGCCAGUGCCACCCCUGGGAACCUGGCAGGGACAACAGCAGCCUCCAACCUGCCCCAUUCUGCCCCUUGAAACCCGUCACGGUGGACGGGUGGUGCUACAGGUUCUCGGACUGCGCCAGCUGCACAGCAAACACCAAUGGCUGCCAGUGGUGCAAUGACAAGAAGUGCAUCUCUGCCUUCAGCAACUGUACCACUAAUGUGAAGAACUUCACCGAGUGUCCAGUACGCAACGAACACGUGUGCAACAAGCUGGGCAACUGCAAGAGCUGCUCGCUGAAUCUCAACUGUCAAUGGGACCAGAAUCACUCGCAGUGCCAAGCUGUGCCUGCCCAGCAGUGCAGCGAGGGCUGGAGCCAGGUGGGUGAUGCCUGCCUGAGGAUCAACGUCAGCCGCGAGAGCUACGACAACGCCCAGCACUACUGCAAGAACCUCAACGGAAACAUCGCCUCGCUCGCCACCUCCAAACAAGUAGACUUUGUGCUGGAGGAACUCAAGAAGCUCCAGCUGCAAGACAAGCAACUGUCUCCCUGGGUGGGCCUGAGGAAGAUCAAUGUGUCAUAUUGGGGAUGGGAGGACAUGUCUCCCUUCACGAACAGCAGCCUGCGCUGGCUGCCCGGGGAACCCAGUGACUCUGGUUUCUGUGCCUACCUGGAGGAGCCUCAGGUGUCGGGGCUGAGGGCCAAUCCCUGCACUGCCACUGCCCAUGGACUCAUCUGUGAAAAAGCUAUCGAAAACCCCAGUCAGAGUACCCGUCCAUCCUGCAAAAAGCCCUGCUCACUACACACCAACUGUGCCAACUGUACCAGCCAAGCCAUGGAGUGUAUGUGGUGUGGCAGCACGCAGCGCUGCGUGGACUCCACUGCAUAUGUCAUCUCUUUUCCCUACGGCCAGUGUCUGGAGUGGCAGACCUCAGAUUGUGUGGCCCAGAACUGUUCGGGACUACGGACCUGUUCCCAGUGCUUGGAGCAGCCUGAGUGCGGCUGGUGUGGAGAUCCGAGCAGUACGGGAAAAGGCCUGUGCAUAGAGGGCUCUUACCGGGGGCCCAUGAAGAGGCUUGCUAAGCCGAGCCAGCAAAGUCAAUCCCAUGACAUGAGCCUGGAACCAGGCAGCUGCCCCAAAGACAAGGGCUUUGAGUGGGCUUUCAUUCAUUGUCCUGCCUGCCAGUGUAACGGCCACAGCACGUGUGUGAACGGCAGCGUGUGUGAGCAGUGCCAUAACCUUACCAUCGGCCCUCAGUGUGAGACCUGCAUGCCCGGUUACCAUGGAGACCCAACCAACGGUGGCAAAUGCCAGGCUUGUAAGUGCAACGGCCAUGCAAAUGUCUGCCAGGUAUUAACUGGCAAGUGCUUCUGCACCACCAAGGGGAUCAAAGGAGACCAGUGCCAGCUAUGUGACUCAGAGAACCGUUACCUUGGCAAUCCACUCAGAGGAACCUGCUACUACAACCUCCUGAUCGAUUACCAGUUCACGUUCAGCCUCAUCCAGGAAGAUGAUAAUCACUACACUGCCAUCAAUUUCAUGGCCUCACCUGAGCAGGCAAACAAGAACUUGGACAUGUCCAUCAAUGCAUCAAACAACUUCAACCUCAACAUCACGUGGUCGGUGGGCUCAACAGCUGGGACCAUCUCCGGUGAGGAGGUGCCCAUCGUGUCCAAAACAAACAUCAAGGAAUACCGGGACAGUUUCUCCUGUGAGAAGUUCACCUUCAGAAGCAACCCCAACAUUACUUUUUACGUGUAUGUCAGCAACUUCUCAUGGCCCAUCAAGAUCCAGAUUGCCUUCUCCCAACACAACAGUAUCAUGGACCUUGUCCAGUUCUUUGUGACAUUUUUCAGUUGCUUUCUGUCGCUCCUCCUGGUGGCAGCAGUGGUGUGGAAGAUCAAGCAGACCUGCUGGGCAUCGCGCCGCAGAGAACAGCUGAUGAGAGAGCGUCAGCAGAUGGCCAGUCGUCCGUUUGCGUCCGUCGCUGUUUCGUUGGAUGCCAGAGGAGAGCAGACAGAAGUGUUGCAGGCUCUGGUUGAAGGCGUGCCCAAACCUGCUGCGAUGGAGCCGUGCUCCGGAGGUAAAGCUGCCGUGCUGACUGUCCUCAUGCGUCUGCCCUGCGGCUACUCCAGCUUUCCUCCUCCAGGACAGUCAGGACUCAUCGUUGCCAGCGCCCUGAUAGACAUUUCACAACAGAAAGCAUCAGAUUUUAAGGACAAGUCCCAGGCCUUAAAGAGCCGAAAGGCUCUCCCUCCGUCACACCAGGGGACCUGCGUCUGAGUCUUAACCUCUCAAUCCAGUGGUUCUGUUUUUUUAAAAUGUUUUCUUUUAAAUCAUCCGAGGUCAUGUUGUUCCAAGUUGUCUCAGGUCCUAGUUGGAAGCCUUUCCAGAGACGUGUCACAUGGCUACGUGAAAGAGAGUUCAUUCAUUCGGCUGCUACCGCUGAAGUUUCCACCCAUGUCACCUCUUUGUCGUCGUUUCCCGUUCUUCAUACCUCAUCGUCAGCGAUCCUUCACCAGAUUCUGCCGGGACCUGCAUCCACCGGGCUCUUUCAAGUGUCUGCGUUAAGCAGAAUCCCACUCUUUCAAAGACAGAUUAAUAAAGAGGGCCUGAACCGUCUGAAGUUACAUCCUCUACCUGCUUGGCAUGAAGAAAAAGCGAAAGGCGACUGUACUUAAAGUGAUGUCACGGUUAACUGAUUUCACCUCCCACCAUCCUUGGAAAGUAACGGAAGUGACUGAUGGGUAUCCAGUACAUGCUGCCGUUACUGUUUUUGACCUUCUUUUUUGCUUGCCCAACAAGUGUUAUUAUCUGGUGCUCAAGCUUUCAGUUUCUAUGAGUUAUCAUGCCUUCUCACGGGGCAGGACGUGCACCAGACCAGGACUCGCAUUUAACACCUCAUAACCACGUGGAAAUUACAGUUAAUGAUUUGUCUCUAAAUCUCCUGUACAUACCAAUCAUUCACCCAGCUAAAGCUAAAGUCUGUAUUUUUCUGUGGGAUGCGUCCAGUGCAGCUGCCGAGACCGAGGUCACUACCAGCACCGAGACGGCAAAACCUUGAGGAGACGCGACUGAAUCGUGACUCAUUGAACCCCCAAGCAUGAAUAUUUCCCAAACGUAGACGUUAGAUGCAUUUUAUUGAGAAACGGAAAGUUUUAUUUGUUUUUAAAAAAAAACAACCACAUAUUUUUACCCUCCAGUUGUCAGUAUUAAAAACAAACAGAAGUCCUGGUUGGUUCUCUUCUGUCAUUUCUAAUCUGGGCCAACGCUGGGCUCGGAUCAACGCGGUGGGCAGACGGCGUGCAAGAGUCCGCUUCAUAAGGUCAGACCAGAGACAUGACGACUCUGGUUGUUUUCUAGUUUAAUUUGUUUUUUUUUUAACAGUGUCUGAAGCUAUGACUUUAUUUCAGUCUUUGAGUACAAGGAGUUGUGUUCCCUUUUGAUAAUGCCUUGACUUUUCAUGAACUACCGAUGAGAAGCAGCGAGGAUCUGAGGACGUUUCAAAGCUGUACAGUGUCUAGUUAGAACAAAUGUGUCUCUGUCACUCUUAUUUCUUGAGAUUUCAUGUGUUCUCGUCAAGUUUUUAUGACGGACUGAUGAAAACUUUGGUUGUUUUAGGCCUUGUCAAAUGAUACUCUUAUAUCUAUAAUAAAUCGUCUUUUGCGACACUCGUGAAAAGAACAUUUUGUGUUCAUACUAUAUAUAUAUAUAUAUAUAUAUAUAUAUAUAUACAUAUAUAUAUAAUGUAUGAAAGAUUCCUGUGUAAUAGCGUCUUUACCAUAUUGUUUUUUCGUUGACUUAAAACUCUUUUUGAACUGUGCAUCUGUACAGACUGUCGGGCAUUCUCUGGCUUUUUUCUGCAAACACGGUCACUCAGAUGCGUUUCAUCUUUAGGAUAGUGUUCCAGUCGAUGUGCUUUUAUUUUGUGUUUGAAGAGUAAUCCGUUAAUAGUGUUAUUACGCAGGAAUCGGGGCCCUACUGUACUAUGGAAGAAAAAAAAAAUGACAAGCUGCAUUAUCAGUAACGUCAGUGUAUUUUAAGAUGCUGGAAAAUUAAAAAAGAAAAAACAAAUCUUAUCUGAAAAUGGUUUGUGUGUGGAAGUCUUUUCUCUCAUCUUUCUCAUGCUGUGGUGCACGUCUUUGCUCAGGUUGAAACCUUUUAAUUUGUGAUUGCUUCACCAGCUAAGAGGUCCCUUUGAAGGUUAUCAGAUCUCAAAAAUCUCAAUGUAAUUUAUACCAGAAGCAUAUUCUGAAGUGGAAUUUAUUAUAGUAA